AUGUCGUCAGCCAGCAAGCGCCCCGCUCCCUCGCACGCUGCCACCGCCUCCCCUCCUGCCAAAGUGCUCCGCAAGGAGGACCAGGCGUCGCCCACCCUGCGCAAAGCCGACAGGCAGGUCCAGUGGCGCACGGAGAGCGGCGCGAACAGCACGCUGCUCCACGCGACAUACGGGCAGCCCCAGCCGAGCGAGAAGAUCGCAGCUUUCGCACUCGACCACUGCCUUGUCAAGUUCGAGGCGCCAACCUACUCGUGGCAGGGUCCGAAAGACUGGCAGUGGAACGAUCUCGCCGACGUCCCCCCCGUCAAGACGCCGACUAAGAACCGCCUCGAAGAUUUCAAAGAACGAGUCGGCUACAUCCUGCGCGACUUGAACCUCCCUGUCCGCCUCCUCGCGUCGACGCAGUACGACCCUUUCCGCUUUCCGGCGCCGGCGGCUUGGUUGGAGUUCGAGAAACGCUGGAAUGGAGGAAAGGUCAUCGACCUCGGCGAGUCGUUCUUCGUCGGCGAUGCGGCGGGGAGGGCGGGACAGAAGCUGGACUAUGACCACAAGUUCGCCGACAACAUCGGCGUCCAGUUCUACAUCCCCAAGAACUUCUUCACCGGCACGGAGGACACGAAUCAGUACCAGUAUCAUGGCUGGCUGGCCGCGAAGUACAAGUCUGACUUCUUCGUCCUCCCUACGAGUACACCGCUCAUCCCCAAGCAGCUCGUCGUCGGAAUCGACGAAGUUCCGCCCGAGGUCAUCCUCUUCGUCGGACCGCCGUGCAGCGGCAAGACGCAUUUCUACCGCCGCUACUUCGAGCCGCUGGGUUACGUCCGCUUGACCGACCCCGAGGACACCAACACGCUGCAGCACCUCCUCAGCGCUACCGUCAAGCCCAAGUCGGUCGUCGUCGACGCCCUCAUGCCGAGCGCCGGGACUCGCAGCACACUCGCUCGCUUCGUCCGCGCCUACUCGAAGUCGAACCACCGCGUGCGGUGCUUCCACUUUGUCGCGGUGGAACACCUCUGCAAGCACAACUCCGUCUUCUUCCACCUCUACGGCGCGGAGAAGGACGGUCAACGCCCGCGCUUCGUCACGGAGGACGACUUCCGCAACUGGUACAGUCGGUGGGAGAAGCCGACGCAGGAAGAGGGGUUCGACGAGGUGGUCAAGCGCAUCAACUUUGUCAUCGACCGCAAGGGCUUGGGCGACGAGGAAGUGUACAAGAAGUGGCGCAGCAAGUACCUCAACUGCUACCCGCGCGACAUGUCGGGCAAGGACACCAACUGA